AUGGCUCCUCCAGCGGACGAGCAAGGGCAGCGAAGGACAGAGGAGCAGUCGGAGAGCCAGGCACAGCUAGAAGUGCUUCGACAAGCAGCAGGAGCCGUCGCAGGGGAGAACGACAGGACAGCUACAGAGAGGAGACACAUAGGACAAGAUGUGCCGCUGGAAAGCACAGGAGGUUUUGACACCACACAAGCCGAGCAACAUCUUCCACCACCGGCGUAUGGUGACCAUUGUGGCAACAUCAACCAGGAGCAAGAAGGCUUUGGGACCAAGGCCAGCGUUGCGGACGAUGGACGUGUCAAUAUACGGAUCAACCAGAGGAAUCGGAGAUUAUCUGGAUUGUUGGUCCCCAGUCUGGAGCAAUUACAACAAGCAGCCGAUCAGCAACAUGCGCCUCCUCCGCCCUAUAUCCCGCCUUCCUUGGGAGGUGCUGAGGGCGUUGCACCUCCGCCACCCCUGAAUGUGGUUGUGCAGGUGGUCGGAUCCAGAGGCGAUGUGCAGCCAUUCGUUGCUCUGGGCAAAGUCUUGAAGGAGAGAUACGGACACCGCGUGCGAUUGGCAACGCAUCCCAACUUCAAGGACUUUGUCACAGAGAAUGGUCUGGAGUUCUUCAGCAUUGGUGGAGACCCUCAGGCUCUCAUGGCGUUUAUGGUGAAGAACCCCGGUCUGAUGCCUGGCUUCGACUCACUGCGUGCUGGAGACAUCGGCAUGAGGAGGAAGGAGGUUGCAGAGUAUCUGAAAGGCUGUUGGAGAUCCUGCUUCGAGACGGGAGAUGGCUACGGGCCUGAGGCGUCCGACGAGACGAUUGAAGAUUGGACUUCUCGUGACCCGACGGAAGACGACUAUCUUCACAAGCCAUUUGUUGCAGACUGCAUCAUUGCGAAUCCACCCAGCUUUGCCCAUGUUCACUGCGCCGAAAAGCUUGGUAUCCCGCUGCAUAUCAUGUUUACGAUGCCGUACUCGCCGACACAAGCCUUUCCUCAUCCGCUCGCCAACAUUCAAUCUUCUGAUGCGGAUACUCAUCUCACUAAUUACAUCUCGUAUGCGCUGAUCGAUAUGCUCACUUGGCAAGGACUAGGAGACAUCAUCAAUCGCUUUCGGCAGAGAAGCCUUGGUCUUGAUGAGAUCAGCUUGGUCUGGGCUCCAGGGAUGUUGCAAAGACUCCGCAUACCUCACACAUACUGUUGGUCACCAGCGCUUAUUCCAAAGCCAAAGGACUGGGGACCGGGUAUCAGUAUCUCCGGUUUCUACUUUUUGGACCUGGCGAAGAAUUAUACCCCUGCUCCUGAUUUGAAGGAAUUCUUGGAUGCUGGUCCGCCUCCCGUGUACAUUGGUUUCGGCUCGAUUGUUCUUGACGAUCCAGAUGGAAUGACCAAACUCAUCUUCGAGGCCGUGAAGAAGACUGGCCAGAGAGCGCUUGUGUCAAAAGGUUGGGGCGGUUUUGGCGCGGAUGAGCUGGGCAAGCCUGAUGAGGUCUUCAUGUUGGGGAAUGUACCGCAUGACUGGCUCUUCAAGCACGUCUCAUGUGUUGUACAUCAUGGCGGUGCAGGUACAACAGCAGCGGGCAUCACGGCUGGUCGACCAACUGUAGUUGUGCCUUUCUUCGGAGAUCAGCCCUUCUGGGGCGCUAUGGUAGCAAGAGCCGGAGCAGGACCAGAUCCGAUUCCGCACAAGCAGCUGAACGCGGAUAACCUUGCCGAUGCCAUUAGGAUGUGCCUGGAGCCGCAAAGCCAGGAGAGGGCAAAGGAACUUGCGGCCAAGAUCGCUCGAGAGAAUGGCAGCGAGCUUGGCGCGCAGAGCUUCCAUCAAUUUUUGGAAGUGGACAAGCUGCGGUGCAAUCUUGCUCCAUCAAGACCUGCUGUCUGGCGUAUCAAGAGGACGCAAGCACGCCUUAGUGCUAUGGCAGCCUGCACACUAGCUGAAGAAGGCUUGCUUGACUUUCAUGACCUCAAACUCUUCCGUUCCCGUGAGUACGAAACAGACGAAGGACCUUGGGAGCCGAUCACCGGUGGUGCGACUGCACUGAUUGGUACCAUGAGCACAAUGAUGCUGGGCGUUGCGGACUUCCCGAUUGAAACGCUCAAAGCGCUCAAGAUCCACCCUGACGCUGCCAAGAAGAGCAAAGAGAGCAAGACCGAAGGCAAGAAACCAGAAGGUGCUGCUGCAAGCUCCAACGAGUCCAUCAAGUCGGGCACGACUGGUGCCCUCUCGGAGGAUACCGGCGCACCUCAGUCAUCGUCACCUUCGAGAGCCUCGACAUCCAAAAGCAUGAAUGAAACUCCCAUGACCAGCGAUGCAGGCUCAAGUCGAACACCAUCCUCUUUCAAUCUUGAGGAAUCGAUGGCCACUCUAAAUUCGGGGCCCCUUUCACCUUCGUCAGGCUCAGGUGGGCAGAAGCAUGUCGCUUCGUCUAUGGCCCAAGCACUGGCUGGCCAACUGAAUGGCAGGCCUCGGUCCAGAUCUGGCAGCCGCCCACGAAGUCCCAAGGGAUCUGUCUCAUCCAAUGCUCCCGGAAUGCUGCAGACUGCCACAGACACUGGCAAGGGCGUUAACAGAAUUGUGGGCGCCGGCCUCAAGUCUCCGAUGGACUUCACUCUCAGCCUCUCGAAAGGCUUUCGCAAUGCGCCGAAGCUAUAUGGCGAUGAGUCUGUCCGACCCGCUGAGAAGGUGACUGACCUGAAGUCUGGCCUGAGAGCUGCAACGAGAGAGUUCGGCUACGGUAUGUACGAUGGUAUUACUGGUCUCAUCUCUCAACCCAUCAAAGGUGCUGCGAAAGAAGGGCCCGCUGGCUUCGUGAAGGGCUUCGGUAAAGGCAUUGGUGGUAUCAUGCUCAAGCCUGGCGCGGCAAUCUUUGGCAUUCCCGGAUAUACCAUGAAGGGAGUCUACAAAGAGAUGCAGAAGCACUUCGGAUCGAGUGUACAGAACUACAUCAUCGCCGCUCGCACUGCUCAGGGGUUCGAUGAGUAUCAGCGCGCCACACCUGAGGAGCGCCGAGAUGUCAUUAUGCGAUGGAAGAUGUUGCAACAGACUCUCAAGAAGAAACGCAACCCAGAUGAGCUGGUUCGAGAUAUUUUGAAAGAGCAGAUGGAGAAGAAGAAUACCUGGAUCGGAUCGAAGCGUACAGCGUGGAAGGAGAGAAGUAGUAGCCGCAGCCGGAGUCGAGCCGCCAGUACCUCGACAUCUGCGCGCAGCACGAAACAAGAUCACGAGAGCGCUAUGUUGGCAAUGGGUACAGAACAAGCUCAUGAUGCUAACAGACAUCGUUCGCAUACACUAGAUCCGAGCACAGCCGAAGAGCGGGCCGUUGAAGAAGCAAUCAGAUUGUCAGUAAUAGAGACAUCCAAAGGCAAUGCCGAGGAGGAUGCUCGAGUCGAGCGUGCCAUCCGAGCAGACAUGGCUGAAGUGCAGAGGACCCGCACAACUCGCGCAGACGAGCAUGAGGACGAGCAACUCAAGAAAGCCAUGGCAGAGAGCGCCGCUGAAGCUGAGCGACAUCAGGCAGCACAGCAGAUGCAUGAUACCGAACUCGAGCGCGCGCUUGCUCAGAGUCUGAAGGAGCAGCGAGGGUUGACGCAGGACAUUGAUAGUGAUGUUCCCAAUAGCCCAACUCUGUCCGAUGUCACGCUGCCCGAUCAACCACCAGCGUACGACCCAGGCCAUCUCGCUGGCACGACGCAAGAAGAAUUCGAGCAUCGACAAGCGGCACAGCCUGGUGAGAAGACGCAGCAAGAACGGACCGAGGAGCAGAUUGUGAUGGAGUACAUCAAAAAGCAGAGUUUGCUGGAGGAAGAGAACCGCAACAAGGCUCGAGCACCCCAGCAGUCCACACAGACGGAUGACGAGCAUGAUGAGGAGUUACAGCGAGCCCUCAAGUUGAGCAUGCAGCAGGGCCAUGGACAGCAUGGAGAGGCGUCUGGGUCUGGUUGA